UAAUUAAACAUAAUAACACGUAGUAUGGACGAGAAGUACAAAAAGUACCAGGAAUUUAGUUGGAAGGAUAGUCAAGAGUGGCAGACAUACCUGAAUGGUCUCUACCCAGUACCUCCUCUGAAGGUCUUGGAUAAAUUUAAAAAGAAGUGGUACAAGAAGAAUAUUGAUAAAGAUUUUGAUGUGAAUUAUGAUCAUGAGGACGCCAAAAGGAAUGAAAAUGCUCAGCAGCAAAGACAAGCACCUCCUCCAGGGGCCAAUCCAUAUGGGUAUGCAUACAGACAAGCUGUUCAUGAAGAGAUGCCAUCAAUCAAGCUCUAUGUUGCUGUUGCUUAUUUACUAUUUAUCUUGACAGUUCUAUUUUCAGGAAUAACUAACAAAAUAUGUCUUGCAGCAUGAGUAUUAGGCAUUUUGAACAAGACAGGACUCCCAAAAUUUAAUAUGGAUUAUCUGAGGAAAGUGAUUCCUGAGGAGCAUUUCCAUAACCUUGGAUACCUUGGUGUGAUUUUCUUCCUUGGAGGUUUCAACUUAAUUGCUUAUUCUCCUCUUUUGAUUUUCGCUUACAUUUAUGUCAGUGAUUACGCGAUGGAAUACCUUCGUCAUAGUCCAAACUCUCCAAUUCCAUCAUUUGUAAGACCAUUCUUACAGAAAGGUGUGACUAAUAAGCCGCAGCUAUUGACUCUGAAGGCAGAUCUUGAGAUCUACGUAGGAAUAUACUUAAUAAUCGGAUGGUUCUUUGGCUGGUCAAGUCUUGUCUCAAUCAUCUUCUUCUGGCAGUUCAUUAGGCUAAAGUACAUGCUGAACAACCAAACCCAACAAGCUUUUGUCAGAUUCAAGGGCUUGAUAGAUGGAUACGUUAAUGCUCCAAGUUGUCCUGGAAUCGUCAAAACCGGAUGGAGAAAAUGCCAAGAUUUAGCAGCAUGGUCUGUAAAAUUUGACCAACAACAGCAGUAGCCAAGUUCCAAAGUUUACUAAAAAUCCAAACAGAUUUCA